AUGAUCCCGCUAAGUGUGCAGUGUAGAGCCUGCAGUUCCACCUGCAGCCUACAAAUACAAACCCUUGUUCGCGACAGGAUUUCUCUCUCCGCCGCCAGCACCUUUUCCUUCUCCUUCGCAAAGACUCGGCCGUUCUUCGCACCACUCUCUCGCAAAUAUGCCUUGAAUAACACCCCUCGCCGGUCCUUCCAUUCCACUCCCGGCCGGCUAUCCGAUCCCUCGCCCUCUACCUCUCGGAUCUCGUAUCGGGUUGCCGUCUCCUCGUCGGGUAAAGGCCGCCGCUUCCACCCUCUCAAAAAUGCAUACAACUUUGACCCUACAAUCUCGGAUGUGAUCGGUGUCUCUCGAGACAAGAAUCCCGCUGUCCGCCGGCGCAAUCGCCCUGAUAGUGGUGAGGAUGCCUUCUUCGUAAGCCGGAUCGGCUCCCACGUUUCAGGCCACCCGGAUGCAGGCAAUGCAGUCGCCUUUGCGGUGGCCGAUGGUGUCGGUGGCUGGACAGAGUCCCGUGUCGAUCCGGCGGACUUUUCGCAUGGUCUUUGUGGCUAUAUGGCUCAGUCGGCUUUGGCCUGGGACUCGCCUGCAGACAAGCUGCGGCCCAAGCAGCUAUUGCAGGCAGGAUAUGACCAGGUUGUGGAUGACCCGGCUAUCAAGGCGGGUGGCAGCACUGCGUCUGUCGGCAUUGCGCUUCCAGAUGGCCGCGUUGAGCUGGCGAACCUGGGUGACUCGGGUUCAGUACUACUCCGUCUUGCUGCCGUGCACCACUACUCUGUCCCGCAAACCCACGGGUUCAAUACCCCCUAUCAGCUGAGCGUUAUUCCCCCGCGCAUGCGCGCUCAAGCGUCCGUCUUUGGAGGAGCCUAUUUGGAAGAUUUCCCCAAAGACGCCGCCGUCACAAAUGUCCAGAUGCAGCACGGUGAUGUGCUCAUACUCGCAACGGACGGUGUCUUUGACAAUCUGAACAAUCAGGAUAUCCUGAAGGUUGUCACGAGCCGCAUGGUCUUGACUGGUGCUUGGACAGCCACCGAAGACUUUGGCGUGGGCAUUUCGGAUACUCUUGCGGGAUUGACUGUUCCAGGCGGACUGGCCACUGCAUUCCCACCACCAAAGAACCCCUCCGCAUCCCAACCAAACGAAAAGGAGAAUGCUACUCUCGAAUCCACGCUUACCCUCCAAUCCCUUCUUGCUGCCUCCAUCGCUGGCGAGGCAAAGGUCGCCAGUGUCGACUUCCGCCGCGAUGGUCCUUUCGCCAAGGAGGCACAGCGUUAUUAUCCGGGAGACUACUACCGCGGCGGCAAGGUGGAUGAUAUCUGUGCUUUGGUUAUUGUGGCCGUAGACGAGAGUCUUGCCGGUGGUACGAGUACCAAGUAG